GGGUGGCUCAUGGAACGAGGAGAGUUGAGGUUCUUCCCUUUUCGGAGCUGCUUUCAAUUCCUAAUUUCCAUUUGUUGAAGCUGCCUUCUGCAAUACUCAUCCUCCUUUUUGUCAUUCCACGUCUCAUCUCUUGGAAUUACAGCACCGUCACAAAAAAACAUACUCCUAUCAGAUAGAGGUUGACAUUUGAUUAAGUACUCAUUCAUUCACUCAUCAUUUUCAUCAUCUGCUUUAAAACUCUUUACACUUUUUCCUCACAUCUCCAUCGCCCCCAUCUUUCCCUUUCUUGCUUUUUUACUACUCUCUACUCUUUAUCUUUUGCCAUCAAACUCCUGGAGCUGGUCCAUAUAUACAAGAUAAAAACACUCUCUUUCAAGUCCAAUUAUUCCUUUUGAAAUUUGAAAUGGGCUGCACUCGGAAUUUCACUUGUCGCCAAACACUUCCUUAUCUUACAAUUUCAUUUCUCAUUCUCAUGAUUUUAAGCUUUUCCCACCUAACAUUCAAGGCUGAGGGUAGAAUUUUGCAUACAACUCACGGGCAUGACCAGACAGAGAGCGAAAAGAAUGCGAUUUUCAGAUCACAAAUUGGGUCAAGGCCACCUAGGUGUGAAAAAAGAUGUGGUUCUUGUGGACAUUGUGAAGCCAUUCAGGUUCCUACAAAUCCCCAAAUAACAAAUGGUAACAAGAACCAUACCGCAGCUACCAAAGCCAGCAGCAGUAGUAUAGCCUAUGCCAGAGACGAUGACAACUCCAAUUACAAGCCUAUGAGUUGGAAAUGCAAAUGUGGAAAUCUUAUCUUCAACCCUUAAAGAUACUAGUCCAAGUUUUGAUCAUCAAUGGAUGAUCUACUGUUCACUACAAUCCCCUUGUACAUGAAGAUUACUACUUUCUUGUCCAGCUUUAACCCAAAUAAUCCCUUAAAUUUGGGCGUAAGUCUAUUUUUGUCCUUAUUGUAUUACCUGUAAUCGGAUGAUCGUUUUAAGUUUAUAAAAGUUGAGCACU